GCAAAUUUUCGGAAAGCAUUUCGUACGCGCUGAAUACGAGUAUCAAAUACACAAAAUAAAGUUCGUUUGUAUAAAGAAAAAAUAUGGCGCUAACUCUUUUCCGCACGCUGCUAUUGGCUGUUGCCACAAUGGGUUUGGCGCAGGCGCGUCAUGUGCCUGGCAAAACGGUGGUAAAUUACGUUGUGACGUCAUCAUUGCCCACAAUAGGGGUUGCACGCAAAGCAGGCAGUUGCCAAAAUGACAACAACUACAACAACAAAAGCUGCAUCAUUAACAACAACAAUGCAAGUAGCAUCCUUGACGCUGGCAAGCAGCACGCAAACGCUGAGUAUCCAAGCCAAAGAGCAUUGAGCCUCGAGGACAACGGCAACGGCGACGCUUUGACUGUCAACAUCAGCACGCCGAAGAGUGUAGUUCAGAAUUGGAGUUCGGUGUGUCAGCAGCUCUGCGGAGCUGGCUUAGGCGGCCCGCCAUGUCUUGCCCACUGUGACAGCAGUGACAAGCCGUCGCUUCCAUCAUACUUUGCAGACAACAAAUACGAUAUAUGCAGGGACCUCUGCAAGCUACAGCUCGGUGAUGUUAGUUGCGACUGUCAGCUCGAAGAAGUAACGUUGAUUACCUUCUCCAACAUGACAUUCCAGUAUGAAUUACGUAACAUAGUGUGUGGCAGCUUCUGUGAGCAUGGCGGUACAACGCUGAUCGGUUGUAGCAGUUGCCAGAUGGAGGUCGAUAAAAGCAAGAUAUAUAGAUCGUCAGAUGAGAGCACGACACCAGACUGGAAGGAGCUGUGCGCCACUUUGUGCAAAACCGGCGAUGGCGGGUCACUGUGCAAUUGUGAUUUGGCGCCGUUUUUUUAGAAGUCUAGCAGAGCAGCGAAACGCUAUGCCAACCACACGGUCCACACACGUGCAAACAAAUUGAAAUUGAAAUUGAAAUGUGGACAGACACAGGUGACAGCUGAUGACAGAAGUUGACAGUUGAAGGUGUCAGGUGUCGAUGUUGUGCGAAAUUUUUGGCUUGGUUUUUACUACUCUGCGCGGUCUCUAAAGUUUAAAAUUAAUUUUUUGACGACGACAAAAACACCAACAAUUUAUUGUUGUUGGCAGUUCAUUAUUGUUUAUGACACACACUAUACAUACAUAUAUUUUCGUACAGACGUUUAAAGUUUAUACUUAAUUAUACAACACACAUACAUAUGUAAGCACGAUGUAUUUAUGUAAAUGAUUUGUGAAAUUUUCAACUUCAAAACUAAAACUGAUUUGUAUGCUCCAAAUAAGAAAGUUUUUCGCAAAACAUUUGAGUUUUUAUUACACCGUUAUUUGUUUAUGUUGUUGUUUUAUAAUGUUUUUGUUUUUUUUUGUUGAUUUUGUUGUUUGUUUCUUGUUUCUGUUAUAGCUGUUUAUGCGCUCAAAUUUGUCACAUAGGAUGGCGGCAAGGCAUUGCAAGCGGAGAAGAUCUACGAAGCGUGCAAAAAAAUAAAGGAAAUUAAAAAAAAAAAAUCCAAAAAAAAAUUUAAAAAAUACUCAAUCCCUAUGCGAAUCAA